AUGGUUCCGGGAGCUGCAGGUGGGGCUGGGGGUGCGGCUGCGGGUGUUUGUCCCUUUCAAGCCGAGCCGGACUACAAGCCCCGUCAUGCAGCCGGGCGGGCGGGUGGUAGCGGCGGCAUGCGCUUGCGCCGCCAGACGUGGCAGCAGCCCGAAGCGGCGGCAGCGUCCGGCUCGGCGGCAGCGAUGGCUGUGCCGGGGCAGGGCGCGGGGGCUUCGCGGCGCCGUGGGCGGUUCCCGUUGCUGCUGCUCGGCCUGGCGGCAUUCUUGCCGGCAUUUGUGUGCUUAUUGAAGGUGUCUCCACUCAUAGAAAAAAUAAGUGACCAUAAGGAUUUUAAGAAGCUUCUCAGGACACGGAAUAACAUACUAGUGCUGUAUUCCAAAUCUGCUACUGCUGCAGAAAGCUCACUCAGGUUGCUGUCCAGCGUGGCCCAAGAGGUGAAAGGACGAGGUACUAUAAGCUGGAUAGACUGUGGUGAUACUGAAAGCCGAAAAUUGUGCAAGAAGAUGAAAGUAGAUCCUAAUUCAAAGGAGAAAGGAGUGGAAUUACUCCAUUAUAAGGACGGUGCAUUUCAUACUGAAUAUAACAGAGCGUUCACAUUGAAGUCUAUGGUGGCCUUUCUCAAGGAUCCAGAAGGUGCUCCACUUUGGGAGGAAGAUCCUGAAGCCAAAGAUGUUGUGCAUGUUGACAGUGAAAAGGAACUGAGAAGGCUUCUGAAGAAGGAAGAUAAACCACUUCUGAUGAUGUUCUAUGCCCCAUGGUGUGGUGUUUGUAAGAGAAUGAUGCCAUCUUAUCAACAGGCAGCCACAGAACUGAAGGGUAAAUAUGUUCUUGCAGGGAUGAAUGUUUACUCUGCUGAAUUUGAAAGGAUAAAGGAAGAAUACAAUGUCCGGGGAUAUCCUACAAUCUGCUAUUUUGAGAAAGGAAAAUUCCUGUUCCACUUUGAGAAUUAUGGUGCUACUGCAGCAGACAUAGGAGAGUGGCUGAAAAACCCACAGGCACCUCAGCCACAGGCUCCGGAGACUCCCUGGGCAGAUGAAGAAAAUGUAGUUUAUCACCUGACUGAUGAGGAUUUUGACAAGUUUAUAAAAGAUCAUUCAUCUGUGCUAGUGAUGUUCCAUGCACCAUGGUGUGGGCACUGUAAGAAAAUGAAGCCAGAAUAUGAGAAGGCUGCAGAGUUUCUCCAUGUAGCCAGUGAUAGUCCAGGUGUACUAGCAGCUGUUGAUGCUACCAUCAACAAGGCACUGGCAGAAAGAUACCACAUCUCAGGGUUUCCUACUUUGAAGUAUUUUAAGGAUGGAGAGGAGAAAUACACUCUACCGCAUCUCAGAACAAAGAAGAAGAUCAUCGACUGGCUGCUAAAUCCUGAAGCACCACCUCCACCUGAGCCUGCAUGGGAAGAAAAACAGACAAGUGUUAUCCACCUUGCUGGAGAAGACUUCAGGGAGUCUUUGAAGAAGAAGAAACAUACUCUUGUCAUGUUCUAUGCACCAUGGUGUCCCCACUGUAAAAAUGCCAUUCCACAUUUUACAACUGCUGCUGAAGUCUUUAAAGAAGAUCGAAAGAUUGCCUAUGCUGCAGUGGACUGUGCCAAAGAACAGAAUCAUGACCUGUGUAAGCAGGAGGGGGUUGAUGGCUACCCCACCUUCAACUACUACAACUAUGGAAAAUUUGUGGAGAAAUAUACUGGAGAAAGAGGGGAGUCUGGAUUCACCACUUUCAUGAGAACCCUGAGAGAAAGAGACCAUGAAAGAAUAGGAAAGAAGAAGGAUGAAUUGUAG